AUGGAGUCGGCACAUCUUAUCCAGGCUCAUGAUCACGCCCGCACUGCCGCGACCGCGACCAGCACCAACAGCGUCGCGACUGCGGGGCAGGAGCAUGACCUUGCCGCGACCGCCUUCCACAAUGCCCAACAAGAUACCCAUGAUGCUGAGGCCCGUCGCAUCCUCAGUCUCCUCGAAGACCACCAUCGCAAGCUCGCCGGCCUGAUCAAAGAGGCGCCGCGCAAGGAGAAGAAGACAGCAGAUGCCAGCAAACACCAUUCCGAGUCCUCCACCCUCUCCCCGUUAGCGAAUGCCUCGUCAUCACGAGUAUCCGCAUCCAAAGCAUCUUCUCCGACUCCUCCAACAUCUCGCCGCAGACUCCCCCAGUCCUCGAUAGCCACCAAUCUCGCCGAAAAGCGCGGCAUACCCAGCGCAAAGAGAGCCGCCAGUGGCGCCUCGCCCAACGUACCAGGCGCUGCAGCUGGUCGGAAUGAGCAACCGUCUACGCCGGUACGGGAUCUCUUGGCCCAACAGUCGCGCAAGACAGAAGUGAGCGCUGGCAGAGACGCGGCCAAGCAGCUGAAAGAUGCCUCGCCACGCCCUGCAUCACCGCCCGCCGAAGACAACUUCAGCCGCUUCUAUUCGGCUUUUGGGGGCGUCAUAUCCGCAAUCAGCGCCCCACUGGCUUUCACCUCCCUUCCACUCAACCCAUCUGCACCAACGCCAGUGUCUGAGACGCCCAGGGAAGAGACGUCAUCCAAGACCAGGUCACGACCACACUCUCCAGAAGCUUCCAGGACCGUCAAAUCCUCAGUUCCCGACCUCGCUGCCCUGAUAAGCAAGCCUGCACUGCGCGCUCUGCGAGAGGAUGGCGCGCCUGGACCUAACGAAAGCUUCUACUUGGUGCCAACAUCAAGUGGCGGGGUUACAUACGCCAGUGUCCUUCGCGAUCCGAAUGCAACGAAUGUGUCACCCAACACACAGCUUAACGCGAUCGACGAGGGCUCCGGCUCGUUGCGAGGGAGUUCACAUGAAGAAUUUGUCGAUGCGCGAGAGAACGUAGGCCCGCCGUCACCCACCAAAGCACGUCGUCCUCCUUCUCGCGGAAACCCAAGCACCGCCGUAACACCCCAACGCUCCAUACCAGCCGGCAGAGGCUCAGGUCUCAAGACCAUGGAAGAGCUGGCUCUAGAGAACGAUACCCUCAAGACCGUCAUCGACAAACAAGCCAAACGCAUCCAGAUGUGGGAACUAAACUCCCAGAACUCUUUUAACGCCCUCGCACAGUCGUUCCGUGCUCGAGGCCCCGGACGAGGCUCCAGCGACCCUAAUGCACUCGCUCAAGCCCUCGCUGCUCAAGGCAUCAACCACCUCCCAGCUCUUCCUUCCCCUCCUAUACCAGGCCAGACACAACAACAACGACAACCUACUUCUCCCGGUCAAGCCCCAACUUCAGCUCCCGACGCUGACGCCGCAAAACGUAUCGCAGAUCUCGAAGCCAUGCUUGCUUCUCAAAACGCCAAAGUCAACGACUUGAUGAGCAACAAUGAGAAGCUGGCCAAGCAAAAUGAGAGGAACACACAGGUCUUGAGUCGAUACAGAGAGCAGUGGGAGAAGCUCAAAGCUGGUGCGAGGAAGAAGGAACAGGAAAGACGAGAGAGAAAGGUCGGCGAUGUUAGGGUUGGGGAGUCGACCAAAGACAGCGAGGUUGUUGAAGCGCAAGGGGAGGGUGAAGAAGAGCUGGACGAGGAACCUGGGUUUGGAAAGGCUUGA